AUGGCAGCAGUGACCGCACCAGCACCGGCUACAGUCUCCGGCACGGGUCAGAAUCCGCAUCCGUUGCUCGACAAUAAUGAGGAGAAAAACUCCGUCGUCGUCAAAGUUGGCAUGGUUGGAGACUCUCAGAUUGGCAAGACGAGCUUGAUGGUCAAAUAUGUCGAGGGGAGCUUCGAUGAGGACUACAUCCAAACCCUCGGCGUAAAUUUCAUGGAAAAGACCAUCUCUGUCCGGCGAACCACGAUCACAUUUUCCAUCUGGGAUCUCGGAGGCCAGAGAGAAUUCGUCAACAUGUUGCCGCUUGUGUGCAACGACGCGGUCGCUAUCCUCUUCAUGUUCGACCUUAGCCGAAAGGCAACAUUGAAUUCGGUCAAGGAAUGGUACAGACAAGCGCGAGGAUUUAACAAGACGGCUAUCCCGUUUCUCAUCGGCACCAAGUAUGACUUGUUUGCCAGUCUUCCACACGACGAGCAGGAAGAGAUUACCAAGCAGGCGAAGCGGUUCGCAAAGGCCAUGCACGCCGGCUUGGUAUUUUGCUCGACAGCUGCAUCGAUCAACGUCCAGAAGAUCUUUAAGAUUAUCCUCGCCAAGGCAUUCGACUUGAAAUGUGUCAUUCCGGAGAUUGACGCAGUCGGAGAGCCGAUCAUUCAAUACAUCGAUGUCUAA